AUGGCCGACGAUGCGGCAUCCCAUCUCCGCUAUAUCCAGUAUGAAAGUGACAAGGAAAACGAAUACGUCUCCGCAAUGCGCCAAUUGAUAUCCAAAGACCUUUCGGAGCCCUACAGCAUCUAUGUCUACCGCUAUUUCCUCUACCAGUGGGGGGAUCUCUGCUACAUGGCAAUGGACGGCAAGGAUAAUCUGAUUGGGGUUGUCAUAUCAAAACUUGAACCACAUCGCGGUGGGCCUCUGCGCGGUUAUAUUGCUAUGUUAGCUGUGCGAGAAGAAUACAGAGGCCAAGGCAUUGCGACGACGCUCGUACGUAUGGCUAUCGAUGCCAUGAUUGCCAGAGACGCGGAUGAGGUCGUCCUCGAAACAGAAACAAGCAACACCGCCGCCAUGAAAUUAUACGAGCGUCUAGGGUUCCUACGCAGCAAACAACUCCACCGUUACUACCUCAAUGGCAACUCUGCCUUCCGGCUUGUACUGUAUCUGAAAGAGGGUGUGGGCCUCAUUCCGACCGCCGUCGAUCCGUACGGGUGCAAUCCGGAUGGAUUGCCCACGCAAGAAAGAGGGGAACACCCGGGGCAUCACGUUUGUUGA